CAACUCUGAUUCCCGGCGGCGGACAGGGGGCGCUGCGCGUCCGGACGCCCCGAGGGGGCGGGCCCGGGGCGGGGCGAGGCGGGCCCGGCUGCCAGGCCUGGGCUCCCGCCGCCCGCGCCGCCCGCCAGCCGCUCCGGGGCCGGGCCGGGGCGGGGCGCGGCGGCAGGAAGCGGGGCGGGGACUCGCGGAGGCGUUGGGGAGCGAGGGAGGGCGCGGCCAACUCCCGGAGGGACGGCUGGCGGCUAACGCGGCGCCCCGGCCUGGCGCCGAGCCUGAGCCCGCCGGACGGGAGGCAGCCCCGCCGCGGGCUCGGCCCCGGCCCCAGCCCCGCCAGCAUGGCCGGCCGGACCGUGCGGGCCGAGACCCGGAGCCGGGCCAAGGAUGACAUCAAGAAGGUGAUGGCGACCAUCGAGAAGGUCCGGAGAUGGGAGAAGCGGUGGGUGACUGUGGGCGACACUUCCCUUCGCAUCUUCAAGUGGGUGCCUGUGGUUGACCCCCAGGAGGAGGAGCGGCGGCGGGCAGGUGGCGUGGCAGAGCGAUCUCGCGGCCGGGAGCGUCGGGGCAGGGGUGCCAGUCCGCGAGGGGGUGGCCCUCUCAUUCUGCUGGAUCUCAAUGAUGAGAACAGCAACCAGAGCUUCCACUCGGAGGCCUCCCUCCACAAGGGCACCGAGCCCAGCCCCGGUGGCACCCCCCAGCCCAGCCGGCCUGUGUCACCUGCCGGAGCCCCCGAGGGGGUCCCUGAGGAGUCGCAGCCCCCACGGCUGGGCCAAGAGCGAGAUCCUGGGGGCAUGACCGCAGGUGGCACUGAUGAACCCCCCAUGCUGACCAAGGAGGAGCCUGUGCCAGAGCUGCUGGAGGCUGAGGACCCAGGUGUGAGACUGACGAGGAGGGCCCUCCAUGAGAAAGGCCUGAAGCCGGAGCCCCUGAGAAGGCUGCUCCCCAGGAGGGGUCUGCGGACCAAUGCUCGGCCCACCUCAGGCCCAGAAGCCAGGGCUCCCGGGGCAGGAGGCAAGGCCCCCAGAGCUCCCAGGACGAUUCCCCAGGGCAAAGGGAGGUGAGCUGGCUCCUUGGGCCAGCAGAGGCCCCUAGCCUCCCUCUGCCAACCUCAGGUUCCAGUCACCUGCCAUGCUCCUGGCCAGAGGGGGGUUGGACACCCACCGUGGGGACACCCCGGGCUGGCGGCCCUCCAUCUGCCUAGAACCUGAGGUUACAGCACCCACCUGGCUUGCUGCUGGCUCUCACGGACAGCAGGCCUACCGGUGUCCCACAAAAGGCAAGGAGGAUUUAGGGUACGGCCACACCGGAUGCCUGAAGUCACCUGCCUGCCGGGUUUCUGGUGUCUGAGGGUGGGGUGGGGACACCAGGCUGCCUUGCCCACCUCAAGGGGCCAAGUCUUGCCAGCACAGCACUACAGGGUCCGCCCUGGCCAGCGGGCUCCACUGGCGUGGGUGGAAUUUGGCCUCCUGCGACGACACCUCAUGGUGCCGGAAUGGCCUUCACAGACAUUUGCGCAUGCGUCUCCUCCACGGGCAGCACGUGCAGGUCUUCGCAGCUGUGGAGGAUCUGUGCUGGACUGCCUUCUCGCCCCGCACCUGUACAUCAGGCAGGGUGACAGGACGACCUCCAGCGCCAACACUUGCGUUGGAAGCUUCCACCAGGUGCCAACCUCAGCAGUCAACUUGACAGCCCCCGCCCCAGGGAGGCAGGGGCAAGAGGCCUUUGAGCCCAGACCCUCAUUUUGUGCCACGGGACUCCGCGUGGAGUGGCCAGGAGACUUUCUGACGCAGCCCUGAGCCGGCCCAACCUAGCUGGAAAAACCCCACAGCUCUAGGCCUCUCGGGCCGUUCAGUGGUUCCAAAGGGCUUUCACCACCAACCUCCAGCUUCCUGGCUUCACUGCAGGACCAGUCACACUCAGAUAUUCUAAUGUUGUUGCCUGUUAAAGAGGCAGCUUCCCCUGUGCUGGGCAUUGUGAUUUGUGGGACUACUUUAACCCUUGCGGGGCUCCCAGUGACACAGGUACUGGGUGAUGAUCAGCAUUUUACAAAGGAAGUAAGGCUCGGAGAUAUUAAGGGAUCUGCCCAAAGCCACACAGCUAGUAAACUGUAGAAGUGGCCUUCAGACCCAGGUUGGCCUGCCAACUCCAUAGCCGACAUGCGGUAGCACUUCUGGGACGCUGUGUGUUU